GUAAUUUUUACACGUCACGGAACGGACGUCAUAAAAAAGUUUGUGUAUAAUAUUCAGAUUUUAGAAAUUAAUUUAAAAGCUGUUCAUGUAUACAUAAUAUGUAAAAAAAGCAUAGCCAUUAGCCAUACUGUGGGGGCCCAAUUAUCUGAACAUCGCCGUACUGAGGGGGAUCUAACAUAGUCUUAUUGAGGGUCCGAACUAUCAAUAUCAUACUGUUAUUGAGAUUAAAGUUUUACCAUUGCCAUUGUCACUAUAUAAAUAACAUCAGCUCUUAACUGCUGCUGAAUUUAAACAGUAUAGUUGGAGGCCAUCUCUAAUCUAGACUUAACAAAAACAACACCGAAAAUGCAGUGCUGCGUGCCGUUCUGUGCAAAUACUUCAGACAAUGCGUCAACAUCUGAGGGAACGAGAAUCACCUUUCACAGGUUACCCAGUGAAGAAAAUCUCCGUGCUGCUUGGCUCAGAGCCCUCGGCAUACAAGACCAUCACCUGGCCGACCCUGCCGUGGUCUGCUCACUGCAUUUUAUACAUGAAGACUUUUAUACAACAAAGAGUUGUGUAAGGCAGAUUCGCUCUGAUGCCAUCCCUUCAACAGUGCAGAUGUGCAUGAUAUGCCUGGACUCUGACAGCAAGCUGUUUCUAAUGAGUAAACACAAGUUGGAGGAGGCAUAUCAACAGCUGACUGGACUGUCUUUGUUUCAGCUGUGUCGUGGAACAAACCUGAAGCAAACGCUCUGUGUGCUGUGUGCUCAGAGAUUGAUUAACUUCAGCAGAUUUAGAGACUUGUGCUUGAGAGCCAAUUCACUGAUGACAGACUUACUUGAACAAGAUGAAUUUAUUACUAUACAACAUAAGGAAUUGAUGAACUGUGCAACAAAACAUCUGCGGUGUAACUUAACGCGGACAACAUUAGGACCUGACUGCUGUGACUUGUACAUAGAUCACACUGAUGAAGAGGAACAGACAGCAGCAGAGGAAUCUGUAGUGGGAGAUGGUGCUACACUUGUGCUGAAGCGUGAAGACAGAUCUGACUCCAUGUCAAAUGCUCAUAACUCAGAAUUGGUACAUGAAGAUGACAAUCAGAGAGACAGUUCCAGCUAUGACUGUGUAACUAAAAAUGAAUACUUUGACGUGAGCAUAAAGUUGGAACCAAUACCAGUGGAUGAAGAUAUUUGUGAAGCUUCAGCUUCCUGCUCUACAGUCACAGAACACAUGGCUGAGACAGAGAGUAGAGUAGUUUUCAUAAAGAGCGAAAGUACAGUCUUUGGGUGUACAUUAUGUUAUGAAGACUUUGUGCAAGAAGAUGCAUACAAGGAACAUAUGAUCAUGCAUCUCCAGAACACUGCAUGUGAUGCAUCACAAGUGUGCGAGCCUCGUGCAGCUGUGAACCGCAGCUGUGACUUGCUCGUGCUGCAGAACAAGACAGGAAGUCAGAGGCUGAAUGAUGCCCCUCCCCCGGCUGCAGGCUGCGUUCAGGCGACAGUCGCUCCACUGUCCGCGAGACUUGCGACAAAUAACAUCAAAGUCGAGACGACUGAAGAAGCAGCUACGACCUGGAAAAGCGAACAAAUCCUUGAGACUAACAUUGGUGAACUGGACAACCAGUUGUCUCAAGGCAACACCAACACAUUGUGUAUGUAUGACAUAAAUAGAUUCACAAAUUGUGUAGUACAGUCAUGUGGUAUUUCAAAGAAACCCAAGAAAACUGUACUUGCUGAGAAUCCACGCGUGAAAACUCACACUGGUGCGAAGCCUUACUCUUGUGAGACAUGCAAUUAUAAAACUGCAGAUGAAAACAAGUUAUUAAGACAUAAAAGAACCCACACUGGCGAAAAGCCUUAUUCAUGUGAGUCGUGCAGUUAUAAAACUACAAGGAAAAGUCAUUUGUUAAUACACGAAAGAACCCACACUGGUGAAAAGCCUUAUUCUUGUGAUAUAUGCAAUUAUACAACUUCAGAAAAAGGUAAGUUAUUAAGACACAAUAACACUCACACUGGCGAAAAGCCUUUUUCUUGUAAGCUAUGCAAUUAUAAAUGUGCACUUAAACAUAAUUUAUUAAGUCACAUGAAAACGCACACUGGCGAAAAGCCUUUUUCUUGUGAGACAUGCAAUUAUAAAACUGCAAGCAAAAGUUAUUUAUUAAUACAUGAAAGAACCCACACUGGUGAAAAGCCUUAUUCUUGUGAUAUAUGCAAUUAUAAAACUGCAAAAAAAGAUAGUUUAAUAAGUCACAUGAAAACGCACACUGGCAAUAAGCCAUACUCUUGUAAAAUAUGUAAUUAUAAAUGUGCACAUAAACAUAGUUUAUUAUAUCACAUGAAAAUGCACACUGGCGAAAAGCCUUUUUCUUGUGAAACAUGCAAUUAUAAAACUGCGUCGAAAGGCAAUUUAUUAAUACACAAAAAGACCCACACAGGUGAAAAGCCUUAUUCUUGUGAAUUGUGUGAUUAUAAAACCGCAGAAAAAAGCAAGUUAUCAUUACACCAAAGAACCCACACUGGCGAAAAGCCUUUUUCUUGUGAGUUAUGCGAUCAUAAAUGUGCACAUAAACAAAACUUAUUAAAUCACAUAAAAACGCACACUGGUGAAAAGCCUUUUUCUUGUGAGACAUGCGAUUAUAAAACUGCAUCGAAAAAUUAUUUAUUAAUGCACAAAAGAACCCACACUGGCGAAAAGCCUUAUUCUUGUUUGACAUGCAAUUAUAAAACGUCAAGGAAAAGUUAUUUAUCAAAACAUGAAAGAACCCACACCGGUGAAAAGCCUUAUCCUUGUGACAUGUGCAAUUACAAAACUGUGAGAAAAGAAAAUUUAAUACGUCACAUAAAAACGCACACUGGCGAAAUGCCUUGAGACGUACAAUUAAAAAACCGCAGAAAAAGCAAAUUAUUAAUACACAUAAGAACCCACACUGAUGAAAAGCCUUUCUCGAGGAGAGAAGCAAUGCUGUGAAUGAUAAUGAUGCCAUACAAAUAUUGAAUAUCUCAGCUAAACACCUCCUACUGGUUGUUUAAUCAUUAACAAGAGAACACUUGACUGCUUCAGCACUUAACAAGUAACAAUGCAGUCACAAGUAAAGUGUCAAGCGGCGCGCACACUUGGGAGACGCACAUUAUAUUUAGGAAAACUACCAUCUUGAGUUCAAAGCACACUGAAGUACUACACGGGCACAUAUAUACAGUAUUUUGACAGGAAGCUAUUUCUGUUACAUUUCUGAGGCUGGCUGAGGCAGGUAUUUGUAUCACUGUAUGUAUUGUCACCAGCAGGCCUGAGAUGUAACAAGAGAUAGCUAUCAUUUUGUUGUUGAUUAUUUCUUACUAUGUUUAACAAAUUCUUUGAUGAAUUAAAAAGUAUUUUUUUA